GCCCAACUCGCCCAACAUGAGUCCCGGCAGCAUCGCCUCCGAGCUGACCCACAGUGUCACGUCCACCGUGGCCCAGAGGAAACACGCCCACGCGCUUAGAAAGACUCUCAAACCUCUUUUGGAGAAGAAAAGACGCGCGCGCAUUAAUGACAGUUUGGGCCAUUUAAAGAGUCUCAUCCUGCCGCUCGUCGGCAAAGACAACUCCCGCUACUCCAAGUUAGAGAAAGCGGACAUUCUGGAAAUGACGGUCCGCUUCCUUCGAGACCUUCCAGCCUCUCCCGAUAAAGACCCCGCAGAAAGUUACAGAGAAGGCUACAAAGCUUGCCUCCAGAAGGUCUCGGCUCUGCUGCCCGGGACGAGCCUCCUGCGGGACCAGGACGCGUGUCAGCGCGUCACGGACUUCGUGCGGCGCGCCAUGUGCGCUACACUCACCCCGGCGUGUAUCAACUGCCGCGCGCAGACUUCCAGGAGCUUCCCGCGCGUCCAACAGCGGCUCCUGAGCCUCAAGUCCGGCGUCACCUCGAUGAGGCCGGAGAGCGGCUCUCCCCAGUCCCAGCGGGGGGCCCCCAGUCGGCCGGCGCAGCAACUACAGCCCGAUAACGCCAGCGCGCCCAUGUGGAGGCCCUGGUAG